AUCGAUAUCUUAUUAUCUGUAAACGGUGAAACAUAUUAGUUUCGUGUCAAAUGUGUUAGUAAUUGAGUUGUUUAAAAAUUAAAAGCCUUUUUCAAUUUUUAAUUUAAUCAAAUCAAAUGUUUCGGAAAAUAAUUACGUCGGUUACUAGUCCUUUUAGAGCUAAGGAAGACGAGUGUGACGACGUUAAGAAGAAAUUGGAGAAACUCUACCGUGGCAUUACACCGACAGAUACAGAAAAAAAACGUUUUAAGAAUUACAAAGAAUUUAAAUCUAUUUUAAUGAAAAUAGAUAAAUUUAAUGCAACUGAGAGAAAUAAAUUAUACUCGUAUUCUUACACUUUAGAACUUAUAAGUUAUUUCAAAAAGUAUGGGUUUAUGAAAGUUGAAGAAAAUUUUACUUUACCAUUACAACAUACACCGGGAACGUCUACCACAAUUAGAGGUGACCAAAGAGAACUACAUCAAGAGCCACAAAAAACAGAACCCAAGCAGAGUCAACGCAAACCAAGAAACCCUGUUGUUGUCGAUUUUCAAAAUGAAAGACGCAAAAGUUUAGAAACAAAGCACCGGGGAAAUUUACCACAACCUCACAGUUAUAAUCAUCGUAAAUCUUCUCAAGAAUUGUCAAAGAAUUGUUACGAUGGUGAAGAAAAUUACAAACACUUUGUUUCAAAUCCAAGUUCGAGUUUUAAUUAUGAGCAACUUUCAGAUAAUUGUUCAAACAGGGAAGAACCUAUGGAGGUUGAUGAUUAUGAAACUACUACGAAUGCUCAAGAGACAAGUAGUUUACUCCAUCAGCAACAAAUAGAGAACGUGGGACAACAAUUUAAAAACGAAAACAAAGAAAUGACAUGUUUUCCAAAAUAUGUGGAGCGUAGUGUUUGCCAAAGUAAUAUCAAAAAAGACCAAGAUAUGUUUUGGCAACAAAACCCAUAUCUACAAACAAGUCACUCUUCUAUUAAUCAGAAGCAGGAUUUUGAACAACUUGUAGAAACUGAUAAUCAACUUGAGGAUCUGGGUUUACGAACCGGUCUGGGUAAAGUAAGAAAGUACGAGAACCGAAAAAAGAAGGCGUCAGUUGAUCAGAACAAAAAAACUUUCAGUAUUGAAAAUGGCAUUCUAGAAAUUUCAUCAGGUUUCGAACGAAAAAUUUCUACAACGGAUCAAAUCAUCGAUGUUGGACAAAACUUAAAUAAAAAAGAGAACUAUUCUCAAAGUUUUCAUAAUCAAGGCACAUCUAAAAACGUGUUUCCAAAUCAUGGACAAACAUUUCCUACUUUGUAUAAGCAGGAAACUAAACCAAAUGAGUUAAAUCAAAAACCAGAAGUUCGGGGCCGAGGAAGAUAUUACCAAAAAAGUGUGCCAUACAGGGAAAACAGAAGUAGUUCACUUCGUAAGCAGAAUAACAACACUAAAGAAUUCACAAAGUUGCAAGAGACUGGUUCUGCUGAGCAGUCAAGUAGUUAUAACUACCGCCAAGAUCUCAAACACAGUUCUUAUCCAGCAGUUAACAACAAUAAUUAUGGUCAAAAAAAUUAUUUCCAUCGCCAUAGGGGGGACAUAGAAGACAAUCGUCAGCAGAAAACAACGACUGCAGUUGAGGAAUAUCAGGAGAAGCCUGUAGAAAAAGCAGAAGAAGCAAAAGAAGAACCACCGCUGGAAAUUCUUGACGUUCAUCAAUUCUUCUGUGAUGAUUUCGACAUCAAUAGUUUGAGCCAAAUUGAAAGUAACACCGAAAAAAUCGGUACAAUUGCAAACUGGGCCCAAACUUUUCACACCAAAGUGUCCCACUUUCGAGAAUCGAAAGAUUCAAUCGAGUAUUUUGUCUUGGACGAAAAAUUAAUGCGUCUCAUUGAAGCCAUUGACAAGAUCAAAUGCCACCAAGAACCAGAAGUUAUGAAAAGGAAAAUUCAAGUGAUAGAGUUUAUUAAUCAUUUACACACUAUUCUAGAUUCAAGAGCAACGGAAUAAACGAAAAUUUCUGA